AUGCCGGGCUUCCUGGAUGACCUCACUGGGGCGAGCCGUCGGGCCUGUGCAUUUCUCAUCCCGUAUUUUAUUUUCCUGUUUGGGGGCGGCCUGCCUGUGUUUUUCCUGGAGGUAAUCAUAGGCCAGUACACCUCUGAAGGGGGCAUCACCUGCUGGGAAAAGAUCUGCCCCUUGUUCUCUGGCAUCGGCUAUGCCUCCAUCGUGAUCGUGUCCCUCCUGAAUAUAUACUACAUUGUCAUCCUGGCCUGGGCCACAUACUACCUGUUCCAGUCCUUCCAGUCGGAGCUGCCCUGGGCGCACUGCAACCACAGCUGGAACACGCCCCAGUGCCUGGAGGACACUUUGCGCAAGAACAAGAGCCUGUGGGACAGCCUCAACACCAGCAACUUCACCUCCCCUGUCACCGAGUUCUGGGAGGGCUGUCCUCUGCUCCGCUCCCUGCUCUCGGAGGUUGUCUACUUCACGGCCACUUUCCCGUUCGCCAUGCUCCUGGUGCUGCUGAUCCGGGGACUGACGCUGCCCGGCGCAGGCGCAGGCAUCAAGUUCUACCUGUACCCCGACAUCAGCCGCCUUGAGGACCCACAGGUAUGGAUCGAUGCUGGGACCCAAAUAUUUUUCUCCUAUGCCAUCUGCUUGGGGGCCAUGACCUCGCUGGGGAGCUACAACAAGUACAAGUACAACUCGUACAGGGACUGUAUGCUGCUGGGAUGCCUCAACAGUGGUACCAGUUUUGUGUCUGGCUUCGCAAUUUUUUCCAUCCUGGGCUUCAUGGCACAAGAGCAAGGGGUGGACAUUGCUGAUGUGGCUGAGUCAGAAACUGCAGGCAGUCUGUUAUCUGCAAGGUGCCUUGGAACGGCCUGGGGAGUGUCCUGUUUUGUGAGAGAGGAUGCCAGGCCAGGGCGGCUUCAUGCUCAUCUGCCUGCAGGUGCAGGACGAGGUAUGACAUUCGGGGACAACAAACAUGGGCCCCCGGUGCCGCUGUCAGCAGGUGCCUGGGGAAUGGGACCCGUCCAAAGCAAGGAGAUGGCCACCAAGGAGAAGCUGCAGUGUCUGAAAGACUUCCACAAGGACAUCCUGAAGCCAUCGCCAGAGAAGAGCCCGGGCACGCGGCCUGAGGCCGAGGCCGAGGCCGAGGGGAAGCCCCCGCAGAGGGAGAAGUGGUCCAGCAAGAUGGACUUUGUGCUGUCUGUGGCCGGCGGCUUCAUCAGCUUGGGCAACGUCUGGCGUUUCCCAUACCUCUGCUACAAAAACGGUGGAGGUCCUGGCGUGGCCUUCAUCGCCUACCCUAAAGCUGUGACCAUGAUGCCGCUGCCCACAUUUUGGUCCAUUCUCUUCUUUAUCAAUCAUGCUGCUCCUGCUUGGGCUGGACAGCCAGGACCUAUAACAAAGUCUGCUUGGGCCCUCGGGCUGGGCUGGAGCCUGGCCCUGUCCUCCAUGUUGUGUGUCCCCUUGGUCGUGGUCAUCCGCCCCUGCCAGACGAAAGGGCCAUUCCUUGUGAGACUCAAGUACCUGCUGACCCCCAGGGAACCCAACCGCUGGGCCGUGGAGCGCGAGGGGGCCACGCCCUACAACUCCCGCAGGGCCGUGAACGGGGCUCUCAUGAAACCCUCGCACAUCCUGGUGGAGACCAUGAUGUGAGCUCGAGGCCGCGUCGGGCCACUUUCCUGCUGUUUACUAACAUUAGAUGCCCGUAGGACGAGGUUUACAGAGCUUCAGAUUGCACUAGGAGUUUUUCUAAUUGUCAUAGAAAAUGUGUGUGUGUGUGGUGCUGUGCGUAU